CCUCUACAUAGAUCAAUGAGUAGAUGUGUGCUAUUAAGGGGAUCGAAGGAAUACAAAGUGUGUGUGUGUUCUGCAGGCGACCCAAAAGCUGAUCUGGCGUAUGAACGUCAGUAUGAGCACCAGCAGACGUAUCAUGUGAUCCCUGAGGUCAUCAAGAACUUCCUGCAGUAUUUUCAUAAAACCAUCUCAGACCUCAUCGAUCAGAAGGUUUACGAGCUGCAGGCCAACCGCGUGACCAGCGAGAGCAUUGAGCAGAAGAUCUAUGAGAUCCAGGAUGUUUAUGAGAACAGCUGGAACAAGCUCACUGAUCGCUUCUUUAAGACAUCUCCAUGGCCGGAGGCAGAAGCCAUCGCUUCCCUGGUUGGUAACGAUGCAGUUUUCUUGAUCCUGUACAAGGAGCUGUACUACAGGCACAUCUACGCCAAAGUCAGCGUGAGUGUGUUUGCUCGACCCCUACCGUCGUAUUUGUUUCAUUCUGUUGUACUUUCUAUUCUGUAUUGUCAUAAUGGCGUGAUGAAUAAUCUAAAUCGUGUAUUGUGUGUUGUUCAGAUUAAUAAACAGAACGAGCAGAUGCACGGGCUGCUGGCCAUCGCUCUCACCAUGUACCCCAUGCGCAUCGACGAGAGCAUCCACACACAGCUGCGCGAGAAAUACGGAGACAAGAUGCUCCGCAUGCAGAAAGGUAUAGAAAUAACUCUCUACACCACCAUGCCUGUGGCCAAACUGGCUGGAUUCCUGGACAUGUCCGAGCAGGAGUUUCGCAUCCAGCUGCUGGUCUUCAAACACAAGAUGAAGAACCUGGUGUGGACCAGCGGUAUCUCUGCUCUGGAUGGAGAGUUUCAGUCUGCCUCUGAGGUCGACUUCUACAUCGACAAGGAUAUGAUCCAUAUUGCAGACACCAAGGUUGCCCGUCGCUAUGGAGAUUUCUUUAUCCGACAGAUCCACAAGUUUGAGGAGCUUAACCGAACGCUGAAGAAAAUGCCUCUGACUGGUGCCCCUUCGAGUUUGACCAGCACCACGUCACGUGCCACUUAAUGCAGGUCCCACCAGAAGAACCAAUCAAACCCUAAUUUGAUCUGACUGUGAUAUCCACCAAUCACAGGCCAACCUUCUCAACCUAUCAGGAACCUCCUCUGAUACUCUUGAACCAAUCGGAGGCCAUUUCUGAACUAUAAUAUAAUAAUGAGGUCUGUCAAAAACAAGUGAAACUGAUGGAAGUCAAUAAAGUUUGAUGU